UUGUGGAAGGUGUUUGGGGACGGCGGCCCGGACCUUGUUGACUCCGUUGACCCCGCCCUAUCGAGGGAAGAGGUUUUGGCCCAAACAGGCUGCGUACUCGCCGUCAGGGAUGUGUCGUUCCAUGUGCGCGAAGGAGAGACCUUCGUCAUCAUGGGCCUUUCCGGUAGCGGCAAGUCAACACUGGUCCGUUGUCUCGGCCGUCUCGUCGAACCGACGCGCGGGCAAGUUCACAUAGACGGCGAGGACCUGCUCGCGAUGAGCAAGCAUCAGUUGCGGGACAUUCGCCGCCACAAAAUGGGCAUGGUGUUCCAGCACUUCGGCAACUUUCCCCACAAACGGGUUUUGGAUAACGUGGUCUACGGUCUCCAGGUCCAGGGCAUUGAUAAGACCACCCAACGCAGGCGCGCGGCCGAGGUCAUUGAGCUGGUGGGACUGUCGGGAUGGGAGGAACGAUACCCGCAUGAGCUGAGUGGCGGAAUGCAGCAGCGGGUUGGGCUAGCCCGUGCACUCGCUGUCGACCCGGAGAUCCUCCUCUUCGACGAGCCGUUCAGCGCCCUUGAUCCCCUCAUCCGGCGAGAGAUGCAGGACCAGUUGAUUGGGCUCCAACAAAUGGUCCGGAAGACGAUGGUCUUCAUAACUCACGAUUUCCUCGAGGCUCUAAAGGUCGGGGAUCGAGUGGCCAUAAUGAAAGACGGCGAGUUCGUUCAGAUCGGAUCGCCGGAGGAGUUGGUCUCCAACCCAGUCAACGACUAUGUGCGGGACUUUACGCGGGACGUGCCCAGGUCCAAGGUGCUGACCGCACGUUCUGUUAUGACCCCGCCCCGAGUCCACGUCACCGCAGAUGAGGGACUAGCCGACUUAGAGAAUAAGUUGGCCGCGCAAGAAUGUGAAAGCGCGGUGGUAGUCGACGAGCAAGGUCGCUUCAUCGGAUUCGCGCAUUUGGCGGAUGUGUCCAAUAGUGGUGGGGCGCACUCCAGUGUCGCCUCCGUCAUGCGGGACUCCUGCCCCGUCGCGGAGCCGGGUACCCGCCUCGAACACCUCAUUCCCCUCGCCAUCUCCGGCGAUGGCCCUAUCGCUAUCUUAGAAAACGGUCGAUGCAUCGGCACCAUCAGACCCGAGGCGGCAAUGGCUGCCUUGAUCCGCUUUCUCCGGGAACCCAGGUACAGGGGUAUUCUGUGGGCGGCAGUGGCCGCCGCGACGUACCUCUUGGCCUAUUCACUGGCGACCACCAAUGCGGGCACCGAAUUCGGAGACUGGCCCAAGAGCUGGGAGCUUCCCAUUCAGAAGCCGAUCGACGACAUCUUUGAGUGGACGGCCGACACCUUUGCUUGGUUCUUCAACCCAAUCUCCAAGGUCAUAGACACGGGCCUCGCUGGGAUAGACACGUUCCUGCUUUGGCUCCCCUGGCCUUUUGUGGCGGCGGCGGCAUCGUUGUUGGGGUUCAGGCUCGGCGGGAGGUGGCUGGGGCUGCUCUGCGGUGCGGCAACCCUGUUCAUCGGCUCCAUCGGGUUCUGGGACUCCGCCAUGCUCACUUUGAGCAUAGUGGGAGUUUCAGUGAUCAUCGCCGUCCUGCCCGCCUUUGUGUACCUCAUUCCCGCCCUGGUCCUCUUCGGAGUGAGCGGCACCCAGGGGGUAUUCCUUACGGUGGUCUACUCCAUCCCGCCCGUCAUCAGACUCACCAACCUGGGGAUCCGCCAGGUCCCCCAGGGAGUCAUGGAGACGGCUCACUCGCACGGAUCGACCACGUCCCAAACGCUGUUUCAGGUGCAACUGCCAUUGGCAAAGAGUUCGAUCAUGAUGGGCAUCAACCAGACCAUAAUGAUGGCAGUUUCCAUGGUGAUCAUAACCGCGCUGGUGGGAGUGGAGGGACUCGGCAGGGACGUAUGGCUCUCGUUGAGGGAGGUGAACGCUGGGGAGGGUCUGGAGAGCGGCAUCGCCAUCGUGCUCCUGGCCAUCAUGCUGGACAGUCCGCAGGCCGUGGAGGCGGCCGGCCAAAGCCUUCGGAACAUGGCCACCCGCCACGCUCUUCCCAUCGCGGGCGUGGUUGUAACGGCCUUCCUACUGAUCCUUGGGGCCCUGAUCGGGCCCCUGAGAGACUUUCCGGACGCAUUGACCUUCUCAAUGGCGGGGCCCGUGAACAGGGUCUUCGAUUGGAUGGCUGUCAACCUGCACUUCAUCACAAGUUGGGUACGAGACAUUCUGUUCCGGCAGCUUGGUUACUCACCCAUUCACACGCUGCUUCUCUGGCUCCCCUGGCCGGCCUCGAUGGUCAUUGCGGCAGGGUUGGCCCAAUUCACUGCGGGCUGGCGCGUGGCGCUUCUCGCGCUGGUAGGGCUGGCCUUUGCCGGCGCCGGUGGGGUUUGGGACGUGACCAUGGAUACCCUGAGCCAAGUCCUGACCGCUGGGGUAUUCACCGUGGUCGUGGGUGUCUCGCUGGGCGUCCUCGCCUCCCAGAGCAGAGCCUUCGAGUUGGCCCUGCGGCCUAUCCUGGACACCAUGCAGACCAUGCCGAUCUUUGUUUACCUGAUCCCGGUCAUAAUGCUCUGGGGUGUUGGGCCGCUGGUCGGCAUCAUAGCCACCUCAGUGUACGCGCUGCCUCCGGUGAUCCGCAUGACCAGCCUGGGUAUCAAGGAAGUACCGUCCCAAGUGAUCGAAACGGCCCAGUCCCACGGCUCGACGGCCCUUCAAACCAUGCUCCAGGUCAAGAUACCCCUGGCCUUCCCAACGAUAAUGAUGGGCGUCAACCAGACCAUUAUCAUGGUGUUGGCCAUGGUUAUCAUCGCCGGACUUGUGGGCGGCGGCGGCCUGGGACAGGAAGUCUUCAUAAACUCCAUCUGGCUCAGGAUGGGCCAUGGCCUGAUUGCAGGAAUGGCCAUCGUCUUUAUGGCGAUGGUGCUCGACCGCAUGACCCAAGGCAAACGCGGCCCCGCAAUUCCCUUUGGCGCGUUGAGGUAG